GCAAUAUGUGAUGGUAAAAGACCACAUUCACUGUUAUAGAUCACAGUACCAGUGUAACAGGUAUUACAAACUGCACUGCAUUACACUGUUCAUCUGCGCAUCGAGUCUUUGACUGGCAUUGGAGAAUAAAUGGGCUUGACAGAAUUUCAUGUUUAAAGCCUGAGAAGUAUCAGUAGGGAUUUAAAAGUGUCAUUUUUUAAAAGGAUUUCAUGAGUUUUGACAAGACAGAAAUGGCAGUUUUUCCAACAGGCCACUCAUAAGAAACGGAUACAAUGCUUUGAAAAAGACUUCUGAUAAACCGGACUGUAUUUUUUUUGCAUCUUCAACAAAAAGUUUCUUUACGGAGUGCAACAGGCAGAACUGAGCAAGCCUCGUGCCAAAUUCUCCAAGCUGAUUUGCCGUUUGAAGAAUGGAGUAAAGCUGGGAUCUUCUAUGAAAGCUGGGAUUGAUUAUUCCAGAUCUUGAGACAUGGCUCAGUCUGAAGACGCGCCUAUGGAGAUGAGCGCCGAGGCGAAGGCAGAGAGCGAGUCCGCAGGGGCGAUAAAACGGGCUCGGACCAUGGCUCUCUACAACCCCAUCCCAGCCAAACACAACUGUCUCACCGUCAACAGGUCUCUCUUUAUCUUCGCUGAGAAUAACUGCAUAAGAAAAUACGCAAAGAGGAUUAUAGAGUGGCCUCCAUUUGAGUAUAUGAUCCUGGCCACCAUCAUAGCCAACUGUAUUGUUUUAUCCCUGGAGCAACAUCUUCCUGGUGAGGACAAGACACCUAUGUCCAAAAGGCUGGAGAAGACAGAGCCUUAUUUCAUUGGGAUCUUCUGUUUUGAGGCUGGUAUCAAGCUGGUGGCACUUGGUUUUGUUUUUCAUAAGGGUUCCUAUCUCAGGAAUGGCUGGAAUGUAAUGGACUUCAUUGUUGUGCUGAGUGGGAUUCUGGCCACUGCUGGCUCUCAUAUGAAUAUUCCUGUGGAUCUGAGAACCCUUAGGGCUGUGCGUGUGUUAAGACCCCUCAAACUAGUUUCGGGAAUCCCCAGUUUACAGAUAGUUCUGAAGUCCAUUAUGAAAGCCAUGGUUCCCCUUCUGCAAAUCGGCCUUCUGCUCUUCUUUGCCAUCCUGAUGUUCGCUAUCAUCGGUCUGGAGUUUUACAGUGGCAAAUUACACCACACUUGCCUGCCGUAUCCAGAUAUACUCGGUAUGGAGAAUCUUUUUGCUAUUUAA